AAUGUUUCGGAAUGCGGAUAUGAACUUCAACACCAAUAUCCACAUGUCAACUGUAUGUGUUAGGAUCCAACAACUAGAUUGUCUGAAACUUCAAAGUUCAAAGCUCAAAAGUUGAAGCUGCCAGGCCAAAUUCUUGUCAUAAUGACCAUUGAUUCCUUCUUCAUCAGGGCCUCAAGGGUUCUCAGCACCUCCAAUCUUGUGCUUCUCUGCACUCUCAGUGGUGGUGGUGGUGUGGUGGCAUACUCGGAAAUACAAUCAGGAGCUGAACCUCCUAGGAUUGAUGCUAAUGAGCCCCGCAAAAAGAAAGUGUUGGUUCUUGGAACAGGAUGGGCUGCUACCAGUUUCCUUAAGGAUCUGGAUGCUUCAUUAUAUGAUGUUCAGGUUGUUUCGCCUCGGAACUACUUUGCAUUUACUCCCUUACUACCCAGUGUAACUUGUGGGACAGUUGAAGCGCGGAGCAUUGUUGAGCCAGUCCGAAACAUUAUUAAAAAGAGAAAAGGAGAAAUAAAUUUUUGGGAGGCAGAAUGUGUCAAGAUUGAUGCUGCGACCAAAAAGGUUUUUUGUCAGUCCAAUAUUGAGAACUUAGUGGGAAGUGGCGAAUUUUCUUUGGACUACGACUUCUUGGUAGUAGCAGUAGGAGCACAAGUAAAUACUUUUAACACCCCCGGCGUCAAGGAGAACUGUCAUUUUCUGAAGGAUGUUGAGGAUGCUCAGAAGAUCAGACUGUCAGUGAUUGAUUGCUUUGAGAAAGCUGUUCUUCCUAGUCUAUCUGAAGAAGAGCAAAGGUCAAAUCUUCAUUUUGUAGUUGUUGGAGGAGGUCCAACUGGUGUGGAAUUUGCUGCAGAGCUGCAUGAUUAUGUCCAAGAAGAUUUAAUCAAACUAUAUCCAACUGUUAAAAAAAAAGUGAAAAUAACAUUGAUUCAAUCCGGAGAUCACAUCUUGAACAUGUUUGAUGAAAGAAUAAGUUCAUUUGCUGAGAAUAAAUUUACAAGAGAUGGGAUAGAAGUUCAAACAGGAUGCCGGGUUGUCAGUGUUAAUGACAAGGAAAUUACAAUGAAGGUGAAAUCAACAGGAGAGAUAUGCUCUGUUCCCCAUGGGUUGGUUGUCUGGUCCACUGGUAUUGCAACUAUUCCAGUUAUAAGGGACUUUAUGGAACAAAUUGGUCAGGCUAAAAGGCAUGUACUAGCAACUGAUGAAUGGUUACGUGUGAAGGGAUGCGAAGAUGUGUAUGCUAUUGGAGAUUGCUCUACAAUAAAUCAACGUAAAAUCAUGGAUGAUAUCACAGCCGUAUUUGAAGCUGUAGACAAAAAUAAGUCUGGGACCUUAACUGUUGAGGAAUUCCAGGAUGUGAUGGAUGACAUCGUCUUAAGAUAUCCGCAAGUUGAACACUAUCUAAAGCGGAAACAUCUGCGUGAUUUUUCGACUCUGUGGAAAGAUUUACAAGGGAAUGAUUGCAAAGAAAUAGACAUAGAAGCGUUUAAAUUGGCCCUUUCUCAUGCAGAUUCUCAAAUGAAGAGUCUGCCAGCAACCGCACAGGUUGCUGCUCAACAGGGUGCAUAUCUAGCUAGGUGCUUUAACCGCAUGGAUCAUGCUGUAGAGAAUCCUGAAGGUCCUCGACGAUUUAGAGGAUCUGGACGACAUAAGUUUCUUCCCUUCCGGUAUAAGCAUUUUGGGCAAUUUGCUCCACUUGGUGGGGAGCAGGCAGCUGCAGAACUUCCUGGAGACUGGGUUUCCAUUGGUCACAGCACUCAAUGGCUUUGGUAUUCUGUGUAUGCAAGCAAGCAAGUGAGCUGGCGCACAAGGUUCUUGGUCAUAUCUGAUUGGACUAGAAGAUUCAUAUUUGGCAGGGAUUCAAGUCGAGUUUAAUUGGGUAUGUCUAUUGUCACUCAUUAAUGUGAUUUUUGUUUAAAAUACUUUUUUCUCUCUUAUAACCAUAUUAAUUAUAGGGGUGUUUUACAUAAAAAAUUCUUAAAUAGCAGUGAAAAUAGACAUGUGGGAGCAGUAGUAGACAUUCCAAGCAAACAUAGUCUGAAUGUUUCUGUGGCACUUCGAUUUUUCUUAAUUAUGUACCUUAUGUAUAGUGAUGAUAAGUUGAGGAAACAACACUUUGUUCCACCCUCA